AUGAACAUUCUCCUAUCACCGCAGCCGUCUGUAUUUCCCCACCACCACGAAAGUCCUCGACAGUCUCCUCAGCGAUCUCAAUCCCCCUUUCACAACAUGGCCAACCGUAAACGAAAAGCCGACGAGGACGGUGAUGGCGACGAGAAUAUGUCGCCCGUCAAUUCCCCAGCCGUUCAGCCACGAAGCAUUGCCAGACCGUCAAAGAAAGUACGAUCCAACGAGAUAACCGGUCGGCCUCUCAACUUGCCCAGACUCCUUGAAACUCUUGAUACCGACCAACUUCGCACUGUCCUCGAAAGAAUAUGCGAGACGCACCCUCAGAUCGGUCACGAAGUCGUCACGCAGGCCCCUCGACCCUCUGUCGAUGCUGCUCUUCAAGUCUUGCGUCGUUAUCAGGAUAAACUCAACGGCUCCAUCCCUUACGGGAACAGCAGCGCCGAGUAUACAUAUUUUCGGGUGAAGGAAACACUGAUAGCUCUUGUCGAUGCCAUUGCCGACUUUACGCCCCAAUUUCUGCCUCCCACUGAGACGCAGCCAACCAAGUCCCUAGAGUUCCUGGACCAGGCCACCAAACUGAUUCACCAACUGCCCGACUGGGAGCCUCAAACCUAUCGCCACCACAAGGACGGUGCUUACGACGACAUCUCCAAAGCCUGGGCCCUUGUCAUGAACGAGGCUGGCAAGCGAGCUGGCGGCUUCAACCUCCACUCCGACGGCUGGGACCAGGCUCUCAACAGACACAAUGAGCAGUCCGGCGGCCGAUUGGCUGAGGCCAUCUCCGCCAUGACCAGCAGCGUUGGUUGGAUGGGUGCUUCGCCCAACCAACCCCCCAAUGAGCAAAACUCCAUUCUCAACCAACUUAUGUCCGGCGCUUACGGCUCACCCGUGCGGGUCGGGCCCUGGCCAGGCGACCAGCAUAAGGCAUGGGCCAACCCAUAUGAGGAACCGCGGCCUCGCAUUUCAGAGUGGACCGCCAAAGAAAUUGCCACCAUAUCGGUCCGCCUCGACAAGCAGCUCGGCCCCGAAUACAUUUCCUCGCGCGCUGGCCCCGGCGGCACACGCGUGCACUACCUGACAGCCGAGAAGUGCAUCAACUUGGCCAACGAAAUAUUUGGCUUCAACGGCUGGUCCUCGUCCAUCCAAAACAUCCAGGUCGACUUUGCCGAUGAGAACCCCCAGACGCAGCGUGUCAAUAUUGGGCUGAGCGUAAUUGUGCGCAUCACGCUGCGUGACGGCACCUACCACGAAGAUAUCGGCUAUGGCUCCAUUGAGAAUGCGCGCGGAAAGGCCAUGGCCUUUGAAAAGGCUAAGAAGGAGGGCACCACGGAUGCCUUGAAGCGCACACUGCGCAGCUUUGGCAAUGUUCUGGGCAACUGCAUAUAUGACCAGGACUAUGUCAAGCAGGUGACCAAGCUGAAAGCGCAACCUGUCAAAAAGUUUGCCCAGGAUAAUUUACACCGGCAUGCAGAUUUUGUUAAGAAGGACGCGCCAGUCAUAUAUACAACGCCAGAGGCUGCGACGGCCGCAUCAGCGUCAGGGUCUAGUUCUGAUCCGUCGUUUGCAUCAGCGGCAGCGGCAGCCAAAGCAGAAGCUUCAGAGUCAUUUGAGGACUUUCUCGGCGAAUUCGACGAGGCAGACUUUUGCGUGUCUGAGGAGGGUCAUCCUGAUGAGGUUGUACUGCCAGUCACAGCUGCGCCUGCAGGGCCGCAGACAAGACAGCAAUCACACCAGCAACAAUCCCAUAAAACUGCAGCGCACACCAUUCAACGCCAACAACCACCUCAGACCCCGAACCCCCAACAUCAAAGACAAACAGCAGGCCCUGGUGCACCGGUGGCGCCUCAAGGUCCUCCAGCAGAAGAGCCGGUAGCUGCAUUUUUUUCGGCACGGGCCGUCACAACAGAUGCGACUCAAGGCGCAAGCAUCCCGCCCCAUAAGCAACAGCUCUUCAAUCCCAAGGCCGAAAGCCCCUCAAUACGAAAGACGCCCGGCAUCGACCAUUCGUCAUCGAAACCAUUAUCACGUUCUGGACAGCACGUCCCGGCGCCCAGCCAGACUGGAGGAUCGUCGGCCGCCACUCCUAGUCGACCGUCGGCAGCAGGAGGACCGCAUGGCGGUGGUGGUUUGGUUGGCCCUGGUGGACAUGCCGCAAAGGGACACGCCAUCAACCCUAGCCUGGACAUGGCGCGCAGGAUCGGGGCGCCGGGAGGUCCCCCGAGCCCACUGGCGAACAGGAACUCGUACAAGCCGCCGACGAUGAAGAGACCGCUUGGGCAGGGGGAGGGCAACGCGCCGCGGGUGCCACUGAGUGAAAGGCCGCCCAACGGACUUGUGGAGGCCUCUGGCAUAAAGGUGUAG